UCCUCUGCUAUUCUCAGUCCAGACGCCAUGUCAAGCCCAGGAAAGGCUGGAAGAUAUAGGGGUUCUGUGAAGGAUUUCCCAAACUUUGAUGCCAACCAGGAUGCUGAGGCAUUAUAUAAUGCUAUGAAAGGAUUUGGUAGUAACAAAGAAGCCAUACUUGAGCUCAUAAUAUCCAGAAGCAAUAAACAAAGAAUUGAGAUUUGCCACGCCUACAAAUCUCUCUAUGGAAAGGACCUGAUUGCAGACUUGAAAUAUGAGCUGACGGGGAAAUUUGAGCGACUGAUUGUGGGUCUAAUGAGACCCUUAGAGUACUUUGAUGCCAAAGAAAUAAAAGAUGCUCUUAAGGGCAUUGGGACUGAUGAGAAGUGCCUGAUCGAAAUCUUGGCUUCUCGGACCAAUCAGCAGAUCCAUGCUCUGGUGGAGGCCUACAAAGAUGCAUAUGAGCGGGACCUGGAGGAAGAUGUUGUAGCAGACACCGCUGGACACUUCAAAAAGAUGUUAAUUGUUCUCCUUCAGGGCACCCGAGAAGAAGAUGAUGUCGUGAGUGAAGACUUAGUGGAACAAGAUGUCAAGGACCUGUUGGAUGCUGGAGAACUUAAGUGGGGUACAGAUGAGGCCCAGUUCAUCUUUAUUCUUGGAAACCGAAGCAAACAACACUUGCGGCUUGUGUUCGAUGAGUAUCUGAAAACUGCAGGCAAGCCUAUUGAGUCAAGCCUCCGGGGAGAGCUCUCCGGGGACUUGGAGAAACUGAUGUUAGCAGUAGUGAAGAAUAUCAGAAGUACACCAGAGUAUUUUGCAGACAGACUCUUCAAAGCCAUGAAGGGUUUAGGAACAAGGGACAACACAUUGAUUCGGAUUAUGGUGUCGCGCAGUGAGAUUGAUAUGUUGGACAUCCGGGAGAUAUUUCGGACUAAAUAUGAAAAGUCCCUUCACCACAUGAUUGAGAGUGACACAUCUGGGGAUUACAAAAAAGCGCUGCUGAAGCUCUGUGGGGGAGAUGAUGAUGCUGCAGGUGAGUUCUUCCCCGAAGCUGCGCAGGUGGCCUAUCAGAUGUGGGAAGUUAGUGCAGUGACCAGAGUAGAGCUGAAAGGAACCAUUCGUCCAGCUGGAGAUUUCAAUGCUGAUGGUGAUGCCAAAGUACUAAGGAAAGCAAUGAAAGGUUUUGGCACUGAUGAAGAUGCAAUCAUUGAUGUUGUCACACAUCGGAGUAAUGCCCAAAGGCAAGAAAUCAUAAAGGCCUACAAGUCUCAUUUUGGCCGGGAUCUGAUGGCAGACUUGAAAUCUGAAGUAGGCGGGGCCUUGGCAAAGGUUAUCCUUGGGCUGAUGAUGACACCAGCACAGUAUGAUGCUAAGCAGCUGAAGAAAGCCAUAGCGGGGGCUGGCACGGAUGAAAACAUUCUCAUCGAAAUCUUGGCCACUAGAACCAAUCAGGAGAUCCAAGCAAUUAAUGCAGCAUAUCAAGAAGUUUACCAUAAGUCUUUGGAAGAUGCGCUGAGUUCUGAUACUUCAGGGCAUUUCAAAAGGAUCCUGAUCUCUCUGGCUCUGGGCAACCGUGAUGAAGGAGGGGUAGACAAUGCAAAAGCUCACGAGGAUGCCAAGGUUGUUGCUGAAACCCUGAAAUUAGCUGAUGUUUCCAGCGAUGACUCAACAUCCUUGGAGACACGCUUCCUGAGCAUCUUGUGCACACAGAGCUACCCACAGCUCAGGAAAGUCUUCCAGGAGUUCAUUAAGAUGACCAAUCAUGACAUAGCACAUGCCAUUAACAAGCGGAUGUCUGGGGAUGUGCGGGAUGCCUUUUUAGCCAUUGUGUGGAGUGUCAAGAACAAGCAAGCUUUCUUUGCUGACAAGCUGUAUAAGUCCAUGAAGGGUGCCGGCACAGACGACAGAACCCUCGUCAGGAUCAUUGUCUCGAGAAGUGAAAUUGAUCUUCUGAACAUCCGGCGUGAAUUUUGGGACAUAUAUGACAAAUCCCUCUACCACAUGAUUGAGAAAGACACUUCAGGAGAUUACUGCAAAGCAUUGCUGGCCAUCUGUGGGGGAGAAGAUUAAGCAAUCAGUGGCUGUUAUAGAAGCCCGUCCUUGUGUCUGAGCCGUUGUCACUCUCACAGCCUAGAUGUCGCUGCAGGUUUUAGGAGCUUCAAUGGAUGUUUUAGACCCACUGAGAAGAUUCACUUUGUGCUAGAAAACACCAUAUCACAGAAGAGCUUAACAUUGCAAGCAGUGAAGACCACAGGGGUUGGUGGCUCAGUCCUAUUAUGGGUGGGGGAAGUAUUGUCUGAAUUUGUGCAAAACUGAGUAGUGUGCACACAUCCUACCAAGUCUCACUGAUAUGGGGUAUUUUAAACCAAAGAAAUAAAAUAUGAAUAUUGCUGGCCA